AUGAGUAUAUUAAUAAACAAAAGCAAAACAUCUUUUUUCUCUUUAUCGCUUAAUGGUGGGCUGGUAGAAUAUUUCACAACUCACAAGAGCAAGGGGAGCGUGGCGGGAGAUCCACUUUCCCCUUACUUGUUCGAUCUGAUUAUUAAUGUUCUUUCCAGAUUAUUGGAUGCUGCUGCCGUUGCUGGAUUCUUUGAUUAUCAUCCUAGAUGCAAGAGGAUUAAAUUAUCCUCCCUUUGCUUUGCUGAUGACUUGUUGAUUUUCACAAAGGGAAUAUUGGACUCAGUGGCUGGGAUAAAGGUGGUGUUGGAGGGGUUAGCAGGGAAGAAAUUGCUACAAUCCGGCAAGCUUAUGGGUUUAAGAUUGGUUCGCUACCAGUUAGGUACCUCGCUCACGGAGAAAAAUUGUGCACCCUUGGUCGACAAGAUAACAGCGAGGAUUAGUAGCUGGGCUACAAGACACUUAUCAUAUGCUGCCAGGCUACAACUAGUCUCGAAAGGAAAAGAAGGAUCGCCAAAAAGAGCUCGAGUAAGCUGGCAGGCAAUAUGUUAUCUUAAGUCUGAGGGAAAGCUAGAAGUUAAAGAUAUCUUAAUCUGGAAUCUAGCUUGCGUCUUGCAGAAGAUCUGGUCGAUAAUUGCUAAAGCUGGUUCUUUGUGGAUCACUUGGAUCGAAGCUUAUGAAUUGAAAGGGAGAAGCGUAUGGCAAGCAGCAGCCAAGCAAACUAGCAGUUGGAACUGGAGGAAAUUGCUUCAAAUAAGGCAGAUUGCUUCCAAUGAAGGACAUGAUGUGGUCAUGGUGACCAUGUUUAUCCCUUGUGUCUAUACAAAAGAAGGAAAAGAACCAAAGGAUAUUCAGGCAAAGGGAAAUGACAGCAGCAAAAAUGGUGGACAGAGUCAAAGAAAUUAUAAGAUAUAG